AUGGAGGGCACCGAAAACAACGAACAAUCGAAUGCCCUACCCGCCGAUAGGACAAUUGCUUCGAGCUCUCGGAUGAUACAAGUCGAGGGCGCUGGUACUUCACCGGUGGAAAACUCGUCGAUCUCAAAGCAGUCAUCGAAUAUAGCGACUCACAAUAGUAGAGAGCAGAGUCAACUGUAUGAGCAAAAUUACCAUUCUCGUAUAAUUCCUGGAGAGUUGUCGAGCUUGCGGUGUCCCAAAAGUGCUAAUUCUCAAAUUGUCAAAGCCAUGGAGGAAGAGAUUAAAAGAAAUCACUACAAAACCUCAGACGACGGAAAAGAAUUUAGGUUCAGGUGGGAUAAUACUUCAACGUAUUAUUUAGCGAAGAACUGUUGCGAGAUUGGUCCUUUUUUGGGGUUUGAAAACAUAAAGCCAGAGCCGUCGUUCAAACUAGAGACUAGCUCCCUCAUCUCUCUCAAAUGGUCCUGUGUUUUGUAUAAUCUGUUGAUGUCGAUCAAGUUCAAAGGCAACAUAGUUCCAACGGAACUGCAACUGAAGACCAGGGUCAAAUAUUUGGUGGAUAGCGCCAACAAUAAAAUCAUAGCCGGCACUACUGGAGAUGAGAAGAAUCCCUGCACCAUAACCGGUGAUGACAAGACAGACGAGCUGAUAGAGGAUCUUGCAAAGCUCAAAAAUGCUGCUGAUACACGUCGAACAGAGAUUCAAAAGCUCGAUGCCCAGCGUCAGUCUUACAAACGAGACAUAGGGAAGGCCUUAUGUAAUAAUUCCCUCCCUCAAGUGAUGCAAGAUAGGCAAGCAACAGAUCUAGAACGUUCUUUCUCGGCUACCGAUGAUGUCAACGCCCCAAACAUGCGGACUAUUUCCAAGAGACGCAGGGUGAACGGAGCUGCUUCAGCCUUGCUUUCAGACGUGGAGAAUUCAAAUUCUAGCAUCCACUCAGAGUUGCAGCAAGACCAUAUAACAUUGUUAGGCCACUUUGAAACAGUGUUAAAUAGUAUGAACCAGGCUAAGCAAGUUGAGAUGGCACUAGAGAAGGAAAAGAUUGCACUGGAGAGAGAAAAGAUUGCACUGGAGAUGGAAUUAGAGAAGGAAAAGAUUGCAUUGGAGAGAGAAAAGAUUGCACUUGAAAAGGAAAAAGUCAAGAACCUUCGUGUAACUUCACUGAUGACCACUUAUUUGCAAUACCAUGAAAAGCUUGAAAAUACUAGCCCAGAACUAGCAAAACUGAUAGGCGACCAGUGGCGUGUUAUCUCUUUUAAUGAAACCACGUCAUAA